AACGACCAUCGCGCGUUUCUGGUCGGCAUUUUGCUGAACGCGCCCACCACUCUAAACGUUACGAACCACUGCUCACGAUCUCAGCUUCUGCUCUGUCGACGAUGGCGUCUGACCUGUCGGCCCUCUUGGCCGCGUCCAAGAACCUCACGUCCCACCUUUCACGACCCGACCUGCCCUCUGUGCAGCUGUCCCUCGACCAGAUCGAGGCGCAGUCACGACGACUAGUCCAGCGCCAGCACAACACCGCCGCCGAUGCGGAUCGCGCCAACUACCUACUCGCGCAAGCGCACGUUGACGCGUCUGCACUCGCAAACACGAUCUCGCACCUGAACACCGCGACGACCUUCUCACCACUGCAGCAGCUCCAGGACACCGAUGUGGCCGGCUACCUGCGCCACGCGCAUGAACAGACCCUCAUUACCACCAUCGAGGAGGGCCGCGCGGAGACGCAGGAUGAGUUCUAUCGGUUGUUGGAGGAGAGGGGGCAGCGGGACUGGGAGGCGAGGAAGAGGCGACUGUUUGAGGAGCUCGGAGGACGCCUGGGCGUGGAGAAUAGGGCGGUGGCUGAGAUGAAGAUGAGCUCGUACGGGCGGGCUGGGCUGGGGGCAAGCACGAGCGCCCCGGCGGCUCCAAGCAGGGAGCAGACGCAGAAGCAGCUCAUCUAUGGCCAGCAAAUCGUCGAGCUCAACAAGGCGCGUCUUCGCGGCGAGGCUUUUGCUAUCAUACAUGCCCUGCGUCAGGCUGCUGCCACUCUUGCAGGCAGUGUGCCGGGCACCUCUCACCAAAUCAUCCACCUCUAUGAUGUCCUUGCGAAAAUCACAGCCGAGCCCAGCUACGCAGUCCCCGUCGAGCACGCAGGCGCACACAUACUCAACACGGCCCCUCAAGAGCGCCGUCUUGCUCGCGUAUACCUCGCGGCUACCUCUAUCCCUACCGGAGCUGGCACUGCUACCCCUGCUAGUGCAUCUACCGGGUUUGGUUCCUCUACCGCAUUCAGCGCCUCCACCUUCGGCACAUCCAGGACGGGUACACCCUCCGUCGGAACCCCCACCGGCGGCGCCUCCAACCUCACCGGCUCCCCCAACUCUCGGGAGGCCGCGGACCUCAGGAGGCAGAUCGCCCGCGGCGCAAGGGAGGCGUUGGAGGAGCAGUACUGGGAUGUGCUGGAGAGGACGCUACGCGCGCGGAGGGUGCCGAUUGGCGGAGACCCGAGCGACGCCCACCAUGUAGCGGAGUUCGUGGCGGCGAGGUAUUAUGUGAAUGGGGAGUGGACGGGCGGGGUGGAGCUCUUCCAGAAGCCGCGCCCGGCGCCGUUGUGGGCGAUCCUGUUCACGCUGGUGCGCACGGGGCGCGCGGAGGCGGCGCUCGAGGUCGCGGUGGAGGCUGAGCGCGCGAUCGAGGCGCGGGAGGCAGGGUUUGUGGCGCGGUUCAAGGCGUGGCUGCAGGCGCCGGAUAGGCAACUCUCCCGCAUGGAGCGCGAGGAGCUGCAGAACGUCUACAACGCGCACAUGCUGCACGCCAAGUCGACGGACCCGUUCAAGCUGGCACUGUACAAGCUGAUGGGCAAGCUCGAGCCGACCCGCCGGAGCGUGCCGGUGGUGACGAGCACGGCGGAGGACUGGUUGUGGUUCCAGCUGGCUAUGGUCGAUGAGGAUACCGAAGGCGGCCUCCGUGGGCUUGCGGAGACAUUGCUAGGGUAUGGCGCACGCCACUUUGAGGGGCCGAACGGCAGGCCGGAGCUGUGGGCGCAGGUGCUCUUGGUUUGUGGGCAAUUCGAGAGGGCCGUCGCGGCGCUGCUAGGUCAUCCCGACACAGAGGUCGACGGUGUGCAUAUUGCUAUCGCGCUGGCGUACCACGGACUGCUCCGCGUACCUUCGAGGGCGGAGGCGUCGGACAUUGCUCCUCUAACCAUUGUCCCCAACUCUCCGCCCGCGCUCAACUUGCCCACCGUCCUCUGGCGCUACGUUCGUCCGUUCGUGAAGCACGGUGCGGAGGAUGCACUCCAGUAUGUGUACUUCGUGUGCUUGUCGGCGGACCAGGGCGGCGAGGUGGGUAGGGAGCAGGUGGAGAUUGCGUGGGAGCUGGUGCGGAGGAUUAUUGUGCUGAGCAAUGGGGGCCCGACGUGGGAAAGGUUGGUUGGUGGGUUCAGGGCGGAUGGUACGAGGACGCCCGGCACCAUCGAGCAGCACAUGUCGCUGCUCAAGCUGCGCUCCAAGCAACAGUACAACGAGCAAAUCCUCGUUCGCGCGGCGAAGGAGUCCGAGGACAACGACCGUACGGCGGAGGCUAUCAAGCUGUACAACCUUGCCGAGGACUACGCUACCGUCGUGUCUUGCCUGGCUCGCGCGUUGGGCAACACAAUCGCGCAGACGGCGCCGGACGCGAAGUGCCGCACGCUGGAGCGGACGGCGGAGCAGAUCCUCGAUCACUACGCGCGCACGAACCGGGCGGCGGGCAAAGACAAGGACGCGGUGGCGAAGUUGCUGAAGAUCCGGCGCGCAAUGGACCUGCGGAACGCGGGCGAGCUGCAGCGGGCGAUGGACGUGCUGGACUCGACGGACCUGCUGGUGGUGGACAACGACCUGGUCAAGAUCAGCAAGCGGGCGGAGGAGUUUAAGGAUCUGCACGAGGCGUUGCAGAGGAACUUCCCGCUUUAUACGCGGUUGUAUAUGGAUAUUCUGCACCAGAUCAAGCAGUCGGAGACGAGGACGUACGUGGACUCGCAACUUGCCAAAAAGGGGCGGUCUGUCGCUGUGUUGGCUGGCAUGCUCAAAUACCGGAUGCCGCCCGAUGUUCUGUCGUAUAUCAACCGUUUGAGUGUAGAGUUGUAGUUUUCUUGAGCCAUGUAUCCAAGUUUUGCGUGACGAAACGCAUCGCGUUCA